UCGACGGCCUUAUUCUAACCGGCCUACGUAAAAAUAAUAUUUUGGCUUCCUCUUUAAAAAUUGUUGCAAAUUUGAAUGAUGGCAGAAGAGCAGCUUUAAGAGUUAAGAUCACUAAACACCGUAAAAUGAAAGUAAUACAAUCUUCGAUUGACUGUCGAAAGAAGUGCGCGAUUUCUCUGUUUUUGCAUAACUUCGCCCUGCUAUUGGUCCAAAAAAACCAAUCAAAGGCUUAAUAAAAACCAAUUACGACUUGCUCACUCGUGUUUUCGCGCGCUUGAAACUGUUUGCGUAUUUUUAUUUGAGUUCUCAUUGGCUACUCGUAAUAUUUUUCUUUCAUCUGAUUGGUCAUUGUGAUUACUUUGGUUUUGGUUUUAUGACACUUAGUCGAAAAGCGCUCUAACAAAGAAUUUCUUUUCUCAUUUAAAUCAUGCCUUUCAGCCAAAAGGAGAGACGAUUGAAAUGGAGUGCAUGCUUGCCAACGGUUAGUCGUUUGACUUCAACUAAUCUCAUUUAAUACUGAUUCUCAUUUGACCAGCUAGUCAUUCGUCAAUAACGACAUCCUUAGUCAUGGCCGAUCGACGCACUCUUGUGCAAUUUAAUGAGAUGAGCACUACUUUUCAAAACAAAGACUUUCCUCAGUCUUUUCUAUUACUAACAUUUUUACUAAUACUUAUAAGUUCGAAACAUCAUUUGAACCUACCUACAAUCCUAGUGUCCAGAGACAAUUAAAAAAACGUCCGAAAAAGACCCAAGUCACGGAUUUCCGUAACUAGAAAAUCUUAGCUUAGCUUAGAAUUUCGAGUGGUUAUUUACAGUUUGUGCCAAUCCUCUCUGUCCUCAACCAUUUUCGUUGUUUUUAGGUUUGUUCUUAGCAUUUUUAUCUUUUUUUGCUUACCCGACCACUAUGUCUCGGUGGUUUCCAUCAGGCUAUGGGUGUAUUCGCAAGUCUUCAAAAAUGAGUCAAACCAUCAAACUUUACAAGCAUUUUUCAACUGCAAGCUACCCAUGUGUCGAUCAUUAAAAUAUUUAAAUUAGGAAGUAUUUAACUAAAUAAUUUGAACUCUUAACACCUUAACAUGUCUCUGAAAGAGCGGGGCAGGGAACAACUCUCAUUUUCUUAAUCAAAAGUUACUCAUCUCCCCAUAUUUCAUUAAUUCUGCUCGCAUUUUUUGUUUUGAAUUUUAACUUAUUGAUACCGCGAAUUAAAUUUAAAAUCCUGAAACAAAUAGAAAAAUAAAGAUUGGUAACUAUUAGCACUCUCAAGGGACAGGCCUUUUUGCACUCCUGGUACCAGACUGAUCUUCUUGCCAAAAUUCUAGUUGGCCUAACAAUGGGCUUUUUAAAUCCCAGUCUCCACUCUGUUGUUUAGCAUUUUACGAAAAUCAUAUGAUGCUCAUUUAUCUUAAAUUCCGACAUUAUCGUUCCGAUGUCGUUUGAUAGGCACUGGAAGACGAGAUGGAGACAGAAAACUUUGAGAGUUCAUCGCGUUCUUCGACUGGACUUUCCUCCCCUCUCUCCCUACCCAUGGUGAGAAUAGAAGUGACGUCACCACAGCCAGGUAGUGCCCAGGAUCCUGCGGAGGAACCAGCGCCACAAGUAGCGCGCGAAAGACUAAUGGUUCUCGAUUUCCCGGAUGUUAUUAAAUCGGCGGAAAGUAGUCCUCGGCACUCAUUAAUACCACUAAGUGAGUUUUACGAGUCGCACCGAAGAACGUUAAAUGAUCGUCGAACGAGAGAAAUAAUCAAUCAAAUCAAUGCUGAAGUGGCGCAAGCUAUUGACAAAGGGCAAAGUCCGUAUUUUAUCUAUGGAAUAAUGGAUAACGACGAGGAGACCUGGUGCUGAGAGUUCAAAGUUGAAUGCAUCCGGGUUAGUCACUGAGCACUGAGUUUUUCUGCGUGAAACGCAGCGUGCGUGAAGGAAAUAAUACGCUAGCUAUCAAGCUGACGGUAAAUUUCUAGUUCUGAGAAACGUGAUCACACAGAGCAGUUUAUCCAACAUGAAGCGAAACAGAAAGUCAGAAGCAGAAAGCCAGCACAACUUUUUAAAGAGGAGACAGUUUCCGCUAAGGUUUUAUAUGUUCUGAGCAAUAAAACAAUUUCGGAAAUCUGUGGUGUUAUCACCAAUUGUUGAAAAUAUUACCUCCAUUACAAUAGAAUCAAAUUUUGGAAGUUAUUAAUUUAAUUUCUGCUUUUUCAUAAGUUAAUUUUUAUAACUUUAUUGUGUAUAAAAAUAUUGCAGGACAAAAGUUUUCCAUAAGGAAUUUAUAAAGUUAAAAGAUUACUCAUGAAUGCAUACGCUCGAUCAUAUCUUCAGCUCAUUUGCCUAAUCUUACGACAGAUUUACUAGGGAAACGUUUUGGUUUGAUUUUGAAGCUGAUGAAACUGUCAGUGUUAUAUCAGUGUUUUUCUUUUCUCUCUAAUGCCAUGGCAGUCAAGUCUUGUAAUCACAUUUGUGGUAUUUUCAUUGAAAUAACUUUUUCAUUCCCAAGACCGACAUAUCAACUUCUUGCACUGAUGCUGUAUAUCUCCUAUAAUUUGGUUUUUCAUCAUAAACAUACCUAGGUUAAUACUUGUCUUUUUCUCUAACUUAUUUUCUUGAAAAUAUUUCAUGUUUUAAGGAGGAAUUCAUCUUAAGUUACUCCUGGAAUGAAAAGGUUGCAAAACAAAUCCAUUCCCGUCACUUCCAAAAAGUCCUUUUUUAAAUAUGCUGUAAAUUUUAGCACAUAUGUAGUCCAAUACUCCUUCCUUGAUAAGUUUCUUUCUUCUCACCACUUGUCAAUAUUUUGGCAUUGUAAGGAGAAAUUGCUUAUUUGUCACUUCUAGAGUGAUCAGGAUCACUGACGUAAUUUUAACUUUAUCGCGUAAGGUAUGUUUACUUAUUCGCCUGACAAGUCUAACUAUUUGAAGACAUUUCUGAAUACUUGUUUUAUUUGUAAAAUCGAAACUGAAGACUGUUAGCAAUUACUCUGUAUUUCUCUUUUCUUGAUCCACCACACGUGACAUUUGUCUUCUUCUAUACAACAUAUGCUAAGGCAUACACAAGAAUAACCGC